AUGGAUUUAAGAAAAAUUGAUUUAUUCUCCUAGUCCUUCUAAUUUAAUGUUGGUGGUUAACAAAUUAGAAAAGGAACAAAAACAGGUGCUUGUCUUACUAUUGUUAUUUUGCUGUCCACGCUAGUUUAUUUUACUUACCUUUCAUAUCAGUAUUAUAGUAACUAAAUUGAUCCAAAAUUUAGAGCUUAAAGCUUUAUUACUGAAGAUACCACAGAAGUCGAAUUGCAUAAUGAUCUUAUAGGAUUUAGAUUUGAGUAUGACGUAAAUACUAGCAUUGAUUCUUUGUAGGCAUAGCAGAAUUUAACUUAUUUAGUGCAUUAUGCUUAUUUUUUGUACUAGAAUAAAUCUCAUUUGAAACAGAUUCCUGUAAAAAUAAUAAAAUGCACUAAUUAAGAGUUAGAAGGGUAUAAUUGCUUAGACUUUUCUUCUAUAUCAAAUUAUACCUUGAUGCUAAACACAAAAUAGGACAUCCUUUCUCAAAUACUCAUUUACACUUAUGGUUGCUAUGAUAUAGAUGCUGUUAAGGAUGAUGUUCCAAAUAAUUGCGCAAAUCAAACUGAUAUUGAUAAUAUGAUUAAUGGAGAAUAGGCUUAAUUUCGUGUUAAGUUAUAUACUUCAUAAUAUAAUACUACAUCUUAGGAGGUCUAAGUUAAUUACAGGAAUGUUUAUAUAAUCUUAUUAUCUGACCAAUUUGCUUUAACAACAUUAAAAGCUUAAAAGUAAAUGACAAAUGUUAAGUCAGGCUUUUUAGUUUAGUCAGAUAGUACAUUUUCGUCACCUAUCUAGUAUUCGUUAUCAAAUCAAGGCUUUGAUAGAAAUUUUUCAUUAUCAGAAACAUAUUUUGAUCCUUAUAUUCAAAUUACGCUGGUGAUGGAUGAAAUUAUCUAGUAGUUUUAGAUUUAGUAUCCCACUUUUCCAGAAAUUGUAUCUAUUGUUAAUGGAACAUUUGCACUGCUCAUGACCCUAGGUAUAAUAGCAAGAUUUCUUUCUAUGAAGUAUAUUAAAGAAGAUAUAUAUUUACUCUUUUUGUAAAAUAUGUAUCAUGACACUUACGAGCAGCUGAUUUAAUCAAACAAAACUUUUGAAUAAAAAGAAAGAAUUUGUUUAGAUACUUAAAGUAAGAAAUUUAAUGAAAAUGCAGAUGAGAACUUCGAAACUUUAGACUCACCAAAUUUAGCAGUUCCAAAUUUUUUGACAAAAUCUAAAUAGUGGGUAGAGUCUUCACCUUAAUAUAAAGAAUGUUCACAUUUAUAAUUGAAAAAUACGUUGGAAACAGAAUAGUAAGAUAAUUAAGCAUACUAAACAUAAUUAAAAAAAUUUGAUUCUGUUAUUAGUUCUGUUAAUAAUGAUACUGAGUGCGAUUAAAAUAAAUUAAAUUCUGCUCGUUAGUUUAUGAAACUUGAUUUAGUUCCUUAAUAAAAUAAACCUAAUUCCGAUGUUGAUUAAUAAUUAUCAAAGUUAGUUUAAAGCCAAGUUCAAGAGGAUGAUAAGUAAAAAUAAUAAGAAGUUUAAAAUUAAUAACUUUUUAGAAAAUUUAGUUUAUUUUCAUUAAAUUAAGAAGAUAAAAACUUUAAUUUAUCAAAGAUUCCAUAAUCACCUCCUCCCAAUAAAAGCCUUCCUAAAGCUGCAUAAUUAACUGAAAAAAUGAAAUAAUUAGACAUGAAAAGUUCUUCUAAUUCGAUGGAUAUAAAAAAAAGAAAGCUUAGCGUCUCAGUAAGGAAAUCUUAAUUUGGAUUAAAAUCUCUUUCAAAUAGCCCUUAGACAUAGUAGAAUAAAAACUAAGAUGUCAACUAAAUCGCUUAACAUCUUAAUUAAAAGUUAAAAUUACUUUAAGACUAAAAAAUUUCAGAGAGCAUUAAGAAUGCUAUAUUCAGAAUGAAGAUAUGGAAAGAUAAAUAAAGUAACGAAUUUAAAGAGUUAGACUCAUCUGUGAAAAAGCUUAUAGAUUCUUAAGUGAAUAAAAGCCUAGAUAUUUUGCAGGUGUAUAAAGAGAUUAUAUUUAUAAAGAAAGCUAUGAUGAUUUUACUGACAAAAGAUUAGUUAGCAGCUAUUUCUUUAGUAGGUUGUUCACCUUAUUUCUUAAGCAAAGAAUUGUUUGAAAUAGAAAAAAAGAAGUACUAAGAAUAGAAUGAAGAGAAAAAAAAUUAUUUUGAAUAAUAACUUGCUAUUUCCUUAUCCGAAGAAUUACAAUAAAAAGCCUAAAGCUUUAUAACUGAAGAUACCACAGAAGUCACAUUGCAUAAUGACCUUAUAGGAUUUAGAUUUGAGUAUGACACAAAUGCUAGCAUUGAUUCUUUGUAAGCAUAGCAAAAUUUAACCUAUUUAAAGUAUUAUGCUUAUAUAUUCUACUAGAAUUAAUCUCAAUAUAUUGAGGUUCCUAUAAAUAUAAUAAAAUGCACUAAUGAAGAGUUAGAAGGGUAUAAUUGCUUAGACUUUUCUUCUAUAUCAAACUAUACCUUGUUGCUAAACACAAAAUAGAACAUUCUUUCUCAAAUACUCAUUUACACUUAUGGUUGCUAUGAUAUAGAUGGUGUUAAGAGUGAUGUCCCUAAUAAUUGCGCAAAUCAAACUGAUAUUGAUAAUAUGAUAAAUGGAGAAUAUGCUUAGUUUCGUGUUAAGUUAUAUACUUCAUAAUAUAAUACUACAUCUUAGUAGGUCUAAGUUAAUUACAGGAAUGUUUAUGUAAUCUUAUUAUCUGAUCAAUUUACUUUAACAACAUUAAAAGCUUAAAAGUAAAUGACAAAUGUUAAAUCCGGUUUUUUAGUAUAGUCAGAUAGUACAUUUUCGUCACCUAUUGAGUAUUAGUUAUCAAAUCAAGGCUUUGAUAGAAAUUUUUCAUUAUUAUAUGCAAAUAUUGAUCCUUACAUUCAAAUUACGCUAUAGAUGGAUGAAAUUAUCUAGUAGUUUUAGAUUUAGUAUCCCACUUUUCCAGAAAUUGUAUCUAUUGUUAAUGGAACAUUUGCACUGCUCAUGACUCUAGGUAUAAUAGCAAGAUUUAUUUCUAUGAAGUAUAUUAAAGAAGAUAUAUAUUUACUCUUUUUGUAAAAUAUGUAUCAUGACACUUACGAGCAGCUGAUUUAAUCAAACAAAACUUUUGAAUAAAAAAUAAGAAUUUGUUUAGAUACUUAAAGUAAGAAAUAUAAUGAAAAUGCAUAUGAGUACUUUGAAGCUUAAGACUCAUUAAAUUUAAUAGUUCCAAAAUUUUAGGCAAAAUCAAAAUAGUUGAUAGAGAUUUCAUCUUAAGAUAAUUCACAUUUAUAAUUAAAAAGUACAUUGGAAAAAAAAUAGGAAGAUAAUUAAGCAAACUAAACAUAAUUAAAAAAACUUGAUUCUGUUAUUACUUAAGUUAAUACUGAUACUGAUCGCGAGUAAAAUAAAUAAAAUUCUGUUCAUUAAUUAACGAAAGAUGAUUUAGUUCUUUAAUAAAAUAAACUUAAUUCCAAUGUUGAUUAAUAAUUAUCAAAGUUAGUUUAAAACCAAUUUCAAGAGGAUGAUAAGUAAAAAUAAUAAGCAAAUUAACUUUUUCGUAAAUUAAGUUAAUUUUCAUUAAAUUAAGGAGAUAAGCUCGUUAAUUUAUCAAAGAUUCCAUAAUUGCAUCCUCCCAAUUAAAGCGCUCCUAAAGCAUCACCAUUUACUGAAAAAAGUAAAUAAUUAGACAAGAAAAGUUCUUCUAAUUCGAUGGAUAUAAAAAAAAGAGUACUUAGCGUCUCAGUAAGUAAAUCUUAAUUUGGAUUAAAAUCUCUUUCAAAUAGCUCUUAGACAUAGAAAAAUAAAAAUUAAGAUGUCAACUAAAUCGCUUAACACCUUAAUUAAAAAUUAAAAUUACUUUAAGACUAAAAAAUUUCAGAGAACAUUAAGAAUGCUCUUUUCAGAACGAAGAUGUGUAAAGGUAAAUAAAGUAAGGAAUUUCAAGAUUUAGACUCAUCUGUGAAAAAGCUUAUAGCUACUUAAGUUAAUAAAAGCCUAGAUAUUUUGCAGGUGUAUAAAGAAAUUAUAUUUAUAAAGAAAGCUAUGAUGAUUUUACUGACAAAAGAUUAGUUAGCAGCUAUUUCUUUAGUAGGUUGUUCACCUUACUUUUUAAGCAAAGAAUUGUUUGAAAUAGAAAAAAAGAAGUACUAAGAAUGUAAAUUACUUUAAUUAUUUCAUUUAUUUAAAAAAUUUUAUUUGUUUCAUUAAUUUAAAUAUUUUGUUUAUUUAUUUAUUUAAAUGACCCACAGAAAAUGA